CACAUUUAGACGGCGCACACGCGGCACUUCCUGGUUCUUCUGUUGAUGUUCACCGAUGUAAUUAGUUUAAAGUUAAGUGCUUUACUGGUGUUUCUCUCCUUCAUUAAGAUGCCAUUGAAUAAAACCUAGCAUGGAAUCUAUUUCCGGUUAAUUUGCGCUGUAAUCCAUCCGGUUUGUUGUGUUCCUGUUAAUUUGGCAUGCUGUCAUCAUCUCCAGAUUUGCUGAGGGCACAGCAGGUUUGAUGCCCACUGCUCCAACAUGGAGCACUCCGAUUUGAUCACACAUAAGAACGGGCGGCAGAGGAAGCUGGCGGGUGCCACCCUCCUACCGGACCAUGUUAGGGACAUGGACAGGGGAGAGACGAGCGCCUCUGAACCAGAAGUAGAAGAGGAAGCUGAGGGUCUUAUCAGAGGGUCAGACUCUGAGGACAGGAGGCACAGAGUGCGGCCUGGGAUCCGGGGGGAGUUGGCGAAUGUGUUGCUUCUUCUGUUCCUGUACGUGCUGCAAGGGAUUCCCCUGGGACUGGCUGGUAGCAUCCCUCUGAUCUUACAGAGUAAGAGUGUCAGCUACAAAGACCAGGCGUUCUUCAGCUUCGUCUUCUGGCCAUUUAGCCUCAAGCUCCUCUGGGCGCCACUGGUGGAUGCUCUCUACUUCAGCAGGUUUGGUAGAAGAAAGUCAUGGCUGGUGCCCACACAGUACCUGCUGGGUCUCUUCAUGCUGUACCUUUCUAUGACGGUCAAUUCACUGCUGCAGAGUGAGGGGGGACCGAAAGUUGUGACUCUCACUGCAGUCUUCUUUAUGCUCGCCUUCCUGGCAGCUACACAGGACAUAGCUGUGGAUGGCUGGGCCCUGACUAUGUUAUCCAGAGAGAAUGUGGGCUAUGCCUCUACAUGCAACUCUGUGGGCCAGACAGCGGGAUACUUCCUGGGGAAUGUGCUCUUUCUGGCUCUGGAGUCUGCAGACUUCUGCAACAAAUACCUCAGAACAGAGCCCAAAGACACGGGCAUCGUCACCUUGUCAGACUUCUUGUUCUUUUGGGGAAUAGUGUUCCUGGUUUCCACGACGUUGGUAGCCAUCAUUAAAAGGGAAAAUGAGCACGGCAAAGGAAAGAGGAGAGUCCAAGAAAAGACACAAGGCGUCAUGGAAACCUACAAGCUGCUGUUCUCUAUCAUCAAGAUGCCCACAGUCUUCACCUUUUGUGUCCUGCUUCUCACUGCUAAAAUGGGCUUCUCUGCAGCAGAUGCAGUGACAGGUCUGAAGCUGGUGGAGGCUGGAGUUCCCAAGGAGCAGCUGGCUUUGCUGGCAGUGCCCAUGGUGCCUUUGCAGAUCCUACUACCUGUGAUCAUCAGUAAAUACACAGCAGGGCCCAGACCUCUAGAUGUCUUCUACAGGGCCUUCCCUUUUAGGUUGCUCAUAGGACUGGAGUACGCUCUGCUGGUGUGGUGGACCCCCAGUGCAAGGGAAGAAGGAGGGUUCCCUGUUUACUACUACGGCAUAGUGUUGCUUAGCUACGCAGUGCAUCAGGUGGCGUUGUACAGCAUGUACGUGGCCUGCAUGGCCUUCCAUGCCAAAGUGAGCGACCCCCUCAUCGGCGGGACCUACAUGACUCUGCUGAACACGGUCACCAACCUUGGUGGAAACUGGCCCUCCACUGUGGCUCUGUGGAUGGUGGAUCCACUGACCUCUAAGGAGUGUCAGGGGGCUGUCGGUCAGAGCUGCGGCUCUCCAGACGAGGCAGGGCUGUGCGUUAAGGAGGGCGGCGCUUGUGUGACAACACUGGACGGCUAUUACGUGGAGUCAGUGGUGUGCGUUGUGAUUGGUUUCGCGUGGUGGGUGUGGUUAGGGAAGAAGAUGAGGCGGCUGCAGGAACAGAGCCCUGCUGCAUGGAGGUGCAGAGCUAAUUAGUGAUGAUAUCAAUACUACAGACUCUUUUUUUCCCCCCCCCUCCAACUCUGCAUACAACAACGACUGAAUGGUGGACAUAUUGUAACUCCACUCUCAUCUGUCUGGUUUCGUCCCUCUGGUCCAGUUCCAGCUGCUACGCUCAGAAAAUACUCUCUCACACUUUCCCACCUCUGUCACCUCGAAGUACACACAUCUGAUCUCUGGAUCGUUAGUCGUGCUAACUGUAACAGUGCCCUGAAAACUGAAGCAACCGCUCAGACCUUGUUUUGUUUUGUUUUGUUCUGAAACCAUAUUCUGCUGCUCCAAACAGCCAAACCAAACCAGAAGACAGUCAAAGAACGUGUUCAAGAAACUUUCUGGGUUUGUUUUUAACCUGCUUGAAUAUUCAGAUGGUUGAGUUUUACCAAUGUGUGAAAUGCAAGUGAAGCUGAUCUGUGCAGUUGUUUCCUUUUUGCCCCAAAUAACCUCUUUGGAAUUUAAGCUUUAGUAAACUCAGCACUUCAGAUUCUGACUUACCUUCCUGUCCAGUCACCAUUUAAUGUAUAUUAAAAGGAUACUUAAGGGAAAAGACAGUCGAACAUACAAAUGCACUGCUCCAAACUGUGUGCACUUGUGUGGCUAUGAUUUCCUUCUUGUCUCGCACAUUCAACCAAUCUGUUAAUCCAGGUGAGUUAAACCCAGUUUGAAGAAUAUCUUUCAUUGCUGAAAUCUUUUUUUUAUGAUUAUUUAAUUAUAUUAUGUUUCUCUGAAGUAUUUGUGCCUUGUUACUUGUACUUUUUUUUUUAGUCUGUAGGUCAAAGCAACCGUUGUUUUAGCUGUAGUUAAAUAAUCAAGGCAGGGAGCAUUGCAGUCAUUUGAAGAUAAACUGUUAAAUUGAUAAAGACUGAUUGUGUAAUACUGUUUUCAGUAAUAUACUGUAGUUUGGUAGACACAAAACUUGACCAUAUUCAUUAUUACUGUUUUUUUAUAUACUCCAAGUGCACAUUCCUCAUGAAUAAUUUUCACAUUGAUUUAUGCAUAAUACAUAACCAAUAUCAUCAAUCAUUAAAUGAACUGAAAUGCCUAAAAUAUUAAAUGUUUUUUUUUUUUGUUGGAGCAAUAUUUUGUUUUGCUUUCUAAACUUUCCUUAAAUCUUUAGUUUUACCCAUCACCGGACCAAUUCAAAUCUUUAUUAACAAUAUUGGACAGUGUGCAGCUUUUAACUGUUGCAACAUCUUGGUUAUCAAUUGGUCCAGUUGGUAGAUGAUUUUUGCUGAGGUAUCUUUAAGUUGCAUACACACACACACACGCAGGCCCUUGUAUAUCAGAGCUUUUUCCAGUUGUAUAGAUGCAUUGUUAUUAUGUGAAAGGGCAAUAGACUGUAUACUGUCAAUGCAUCCGUUUAUUAUAGACAAGCUGAGUAGAUCAGGGAUCCCUUGGCAGUGGGACGUCAAGUGGAAACAUACAGUUCAUUUCUCAUCCCAAAAACAAUUCAGAUCCCAGACCAGCAGCCUCGAUGAGGAACUUAACAGACAAUUGCCCCAUUUCUGUUUUGCAUAUUGUACAUAGAACUGAAUGUUACAGUAUUUUUCUCUAAAGCCAGCAUUGAGCCAACUGCUCUGUCAAAUGUAUUUGGUGAAGCACACAAUCAGGGUUCAUGUGAGGAUAAGACUCGUUUUUUAACUCAUUUUGCAUUCUUUUCUACUUUGUGAACCACAAGCUUUUUUCUUUUUUUUGCCACAGAUUACUCUGAAAUACACAGAAUUCCUCCCACACUGUGAGCAGCCUCCUAAACUUAUCAACUUCAUACCACCUGAUGUUCAUUUCUGCCAGUCUUUGUAAUAUAACACUUAAUCCUGAGAGCCUUUUUGCCAUCAACAGGGCACUACGUUUGUUGGUUUGAUUUUCUUUGACUUAUUAUAUAGACCGUGUUCAUUUCAGCGACAUAUGCUUUACCCAUAUGUUAUGCUUUAUGGAGUUACUUUAUUCUGCUAAACUGGCUUUUAGGUGGUGGUGAAUUACAGAAAUACAAAAAGUUGUUAAUGUUACCCUUUAAUUGAAAACAUUAAAUGAAAAUCACUGAUUCUUUUUUAACUUUGCACAACCUUUAUUUACAACAUCAUUUAAAGGAAAAGGACAUGACAGGGUGACACUAUAGUGAGACAUUUAAAUAUGCUAGCAGCAGUACUCUAUAAUGUUCUGAUGAUGAACUUUGACAUUCAUACAAUGCAAUGUUGUUGAGAUUUGAAACAAAUCUUAUAUGUAAUUAAAAAAAUAUGCAAUGCA